AACAGGUUCUGAACGCGUCCUUCUCGUUGUCCUGCUGCUCCUCGAGCUCUCACUCGAGAAUAAACAGUUACGAGUGAAAGUAAUCUGGCCUGGCUGACGCACAGCUAUCCGACUCCUAGCAGUCUGCAGUGCACGGCCGAAUGAAUUGGUACCGGUGUUUUGCGUUCUUUCAGCUACGUGCAAUCGGUAGAUCUAUGCUGUUAAAGCAUAUCGUUCACGGUUUUAUCUAAACAUAUGGCAUACUACACCAUCACUUUACUCGUACUCGUUAUCACACGCAAUUAGUGAUAAAAAAAUAUUACAUAUCGCUAACAAGUGAGAUGUGUUACCGCGUCUUUUAAUUACCAAGUGAUAACAUUAGUCUACAAUUAAGUCUCAAGCGCGUGAUAAAGAACGACAGAUCGAAAUAAGAUUCAUAACUUUUUGCAUAGAAUACAAAUUUUAUAAGUGUUUUCCAAGAUGUUCUCCAAGUGCAGCAUCACAGAAAUCCUCUAAUUCAGAAUACCGUUACAGCUCGUGUCACGGUGUGUUAAAUAAAUAUAUCGCAUUGAAAAAGAUCGGCGUGUUAUUACUACGAUGUCCUUCACCGUCGUGGCAUUUCUACUCACAAUUCUACUUUUUGGGAUCUACGAUGCUCGCGGUGAGUUCGCCAACGGGCUUCUGAAACCAAAACAUAAUAAAGUAGUCGUCUGCUAUGUCGCAUCUUGGGCAGCCUACAGGCCGGACAAAGGCGCGUUUUCUAUAGGAAAUCUGCGUCCAGAAUUCUGUACCCACCUGAUUUACGCAUUUGCUGGUUUAAAUAUUUCAUCCUGGACAAUCAGUAGCCUCGAUCCUUGGGCGGAUACGGAAAAAGACGUAAUAGGCAACUACAGGAAGAUGACAGCUCUUCGACAACAAUAUCCGGGUAUAAAAAUAUCGCUGGGUAUCGGUGGGUGGAACGAAGGCAGCAAAAAUUAUUCACAACUCGCUUCAUCACCGGAACGUAGAAGAACCUUUAUCGCCAGCACCAUCGAAUUCCUCAAGACUUACGGAUUUGACGGAUUAGAUUUUGAUUGGGAAUUUCCCGGUAGUCGCGGGGGUGUUCCAGAUGAUAAACAGAAUUUCGCUAGCCUCGUAAAGGAACUGAGCGAUGCUUAUAGAGAGCCUCGCCUUUUGCUGACGGCUGCUAUAAGCGCGGACAAGAAGACUAUCGAUCAAGCGUACAAUAUACCUGAAGUUUCCAAAUAUCUUGAUCACAUUUCUGUAAUGGCGUACGAUUAUCAUGGUACGUGGGACAAAAAGGUUCUCCCAAAUUCUCCGCUUCGGAGCAACGAUGGAUUAAGUGUGGAAGAUAGCGUUACAUAUUUGCUGCAACGAGGAGCACCAGCCGAAAAACUUGUCUUAGGAUUGCCAAUGUACGGAAGAACAUUCAUUCUUACGAAGGAACCCGAAGAAUCCAAUGUAAAUCCAAUCGGCCUCCCAGCUUUGAUAACUGGAUUCAAAGGACCUUAUACCGGCCAAGAAGGUUUCAUGGGAUUUAACGAAAUAUGCGAGGCAUUGACAAAAGAUCCAAAAGACUGGUCGACUGGAUGGGAUAACGAUAUUAGCACGGCUUAUGCGAUUAAGCAGGACCAUGUUGUCGUUUACGACAAUAUCAAAACUAUAAUGACCAAGGUGGAGUACGCAAAGAAGAAAAAAUUAGCAGGUGUUAUGGUAUGGAGCAUUGACACGGAUGAUUUCCGAGGUGAUUGCUAUGGAUCCGAAUUCCCGAUCAUGAAAGCCAUCAAUAAAGUUUUAGCAAACACCACUGCCUUCGUAGCUCCGCCAAUAGCUCCGAACGCAUCGUCCGUACAAUUAUUUUCAUACAUCUCGUUAACAUUAUCAAUCAUAAUGAUUUAUCUUACAGUUUAAUCAGAAUUAUAUGUAUUAUUAUCUUUAAUAAAAU